AUGUGCCAAUUAAAUGAAAGAAAAUUUCAGUCGAUCCUCGCCGGAGUUAGAUUUAGUAAGAGAAUCGAUCCUCGCUGGAGGUCGAUUGCGAGUCUGGGUGGGUCCCUCGUCAAAAGCCGAGGGUUUAGCACGAGCUCGUCGCCGGAGAAAAUCGUCGCGUCCGUACUCUUCGAGAGGCUCCCGGUUGUUAUUCCCAAAAUCGACCCCAUCGUCUAUGCAUUUCAGGAGUUCUCGUUUCGGUGGCGACAGCAAUAUCGACGCAGAUAUCCGGACGAACUUUUAGAUAAGUCUAAUGCUAGGGGAAAAGGAGACUACCAAAUUGAUUAUGUACCGGCUCCACGGAUCACUGAAGCUGACAAACAAAAUGAGAGAAAGUCAUUGCAGAGAGCACUUGACAGAAGACUUUAUCUUCUUAUCUAUGGUAACACACAUGGAUCUCCUAAUGGAAAGCCAGUCUGGCAUUUUCCAGAAAAAGUGUACGAGUCUGAGGAGACAUUGCGGAAGUGUGCAGAAUCUGCAUUACUGUCUGUCCUAGGUGAUCUGUCCCACACAUAUUUUGUUGGAAAUGCUCCUAUGGGACAUAUUGCAAUGGAGUCAUCAGCGAAUGUGACCGACUCUCCAUCUUUCAAGCAAUUCUUUUUCAAGUCUCAAGUGAUUGCAACAAACAAGUUAAAAAUUGGGAAGUGUGAGGAUUUUGUUUGGGUGACCAAGGAUGAAUUGAUGGAAUAUUUUCCUGAGAAAGCUGAGUUCCUCAGCAAGAUGAUCAUUAGCUGAUCUGCCAUAUGUAAUCUCUUUUUGCAUAAAAUCUUUGCAAUUCAGACUAGGAAUUUAUAUCGACUGUUGAUUAAAGAGUGAAACUUGACAUAGUGAAUCUUAGGCUGUAGAAUGCUGCAAUUAAAGUUUGUUGUGGGGCUUGCUGUUUACUGGCUGAAGCGUGGCUCAGUACUGGAAUUUUUGGAUAGUUGUUGCAUCAAUGCUGCCCCUUCUGGAUUUUUCAUGUAUUUUCCCUCCCUUUUUUCCCCCUGGUAAUAAAUCUACUUACUGCAA